AUGCCCCACCACAAACGAGUUUUGAUAACAGGUGCAACCGGGAGACAAGGUCUCGCCGUUGUGCGCGCUCUUCUUCACAGCCAGAAAGAAAAAGAUCCAGACAACGACAAUUUCCAUAUUCUCGCUCUAACUCGGAAUGCACGCUCUAAAUCUGCGGAAGAAUCCCUGGGAACUCUUGGAAACCAAGUCACGGUCGUCGAAGGAGAUUUGAGUUCUGUGGACUCAAUGCGAGGUGUGUUUGAGAGGUGGAAGGAAGAAGGGGGGAUAUGGGGUGUCUUUUCAGUCCAGGUGUUUCCUGGGUUGGGGGUGGAUGCUAUUGAGGAGGAGGCUCAGGGAAAGGUCAUCGCAGACGUUGCACUCGAACAUGGCGUAGCGUGUUUCGUUUAUUCAUCUUCAGAACGAGCAGAAGAGAUUUUCGAUGACGACGCACCGGAAGGUUCUUCUCAUCUUGCAAAAGUCAGGAUUGAGAGGCACAUCAAGGAACUUGGAGAGAGAGGUCUCCAUUGGACGAUUUUACGACCGGUCCGGUUCAUGGAGAACUACUCAGGUCCAUACGGUGCCAUCACGUUUUCAGUAUUCAAAGCCGGAUUAAAGCCAACGACUGUGAUGGAUUUGGUGGCCGCUAACGAUGUGGGACGUAUCGUGACCGGGAUCUUCAAAAACCCGGAACCUUAUGACUCUCAAAUCCUAGUUCCGCUCGGAGACCGUCUCACCUGCUCGAAACAAGAGGAGAUAUACCGGAAGACAACUGGCCAGUCGAUUUCUCGAAUUCCCAACUUCUUAGCGUUAGGUAUAUGGGCGUUGAAUAAACAUACACGGAUCAUGCUUCAAUCUAUAGAAAGAUUCUCAGAAGCCUACCUAUCAGGGAAACUGCCACAUAUUGACUCGCAGGUUGCACUAGCCAAGACCACUUUCCGUGGGGAAUUUACGAGUUUUGAAGAGUGGUCGCGAGAGCGUGGGCGUGCUACUAACCAGGCCGGGACUUCGAAGGAUGGUGGUACAAGUACUCAGACUGAACCUCCGGCGGAUUGGAAUAGGAUUUCGUUGUUUAAGUUAUUUAGUGGGAGGCAUUAG